CUCAGACAGAAUUCAACAACAACAUCUCAGCUUUCACAAUUUUCUGCUAAUGCAAUGCAGACUAUGCAGUAUAUCGAUACAUAGAUUAUUUAUGUACAUUGAAAGAAUGUUGGCAGAAUGGUGCAACUGCUUGCAGCCCUUAGGCUUACCUAGAUAACCAGUGCUUACCAGAUAAUGAAAAUGAAGAGGAUACCAUUAAGUGAGAGGUUUAGCCAUAUCAAGGCUGUAACUGUUGACAGCACAGAGAGUGAUACAGACUUCUCUGACAAUGACUUAAUUGCAAGGAGUUCCUCAAACAGAUUCAGCUAUUCUAAUACUGCAGCUUUUUCAUUUACUGGAAAUACUGACAACAAAACAGUGGAAGAUGAACAUGAAAAUGAUGAUAGCGAUGAAGAGAUAUUUUAUGAUCUGGAAAGUGAAUGGACAGAACAUUUCAAAAAAACAUUGCUGAAAAGCAGAAAUCUUAGUGGAGUACAUGAGAAAAGUGUAUCUCUUUUUGAUAGGGUUCCACAGGUUGACAGUAGAGUACCAUUGCAGUACCUGCAAGAUGGCCUAGAUCAUUAUAAACUGAGUCAAGGAUCUGAUGAUGUUACAAUUGAAAGAAAUGAGACUGCAAUGGAUAUCUGUAAAGAUGAUGAUGUAGAUGAGAUAGGUGCUGAGACUGCCAUUAAUGUGGCUGAUGGAAUUGAUAUUGAACAGAUAGGUAGUAUAAAUGCAGAUAUAGAAAAUACAGAUACUGCUAAUGGUGAUAUAGUUGCUGAUAAAACUAAUAAACUGGUAAUCACUGAACCUGUUCAAAUAAGCACUGUAAAUAAAGAAACAGACAUUGAUGCAACUGAAAUAAUAUGUGUACCUAUUCACAUAAACCAUGAUACAAAGACAGCUAAUAAAGUUGAAACAGGCACUGAAUCCUUUCAAAGUGAAAUUGGGCUACCACCUGAAUUGGAAGAUCUCGGUAAUUGCAAGUCUGCAGGUGAACUUGAAUCACCUGUUGUCCAAGAACCUUUAUCUAAAACUGAAAAUGAAGAAGUUAUUGAGGAUGAAAACACUGAAACAAUAGUUGUAACUACUAGUAUAGAAGAUUCUAGAGACAUAUCAGAUGAAAAUAAAACAGUUCUUCCUGAAAACACAGAAAAUACAAAUGUACUAGAGUCAUUGAAUGCUUUAUCAUUAGAUAAAGAAAAUGAAAAAUGUGUUCCAAGUCAGUUAUUGAAGAACACUGAAGCAAGUGACGCAAGGAAGACUGAAGAAACUGUUGUGUCAGAAUUACCUAAAGAGCCCAGUUUGGAAACUGUUGAGACUGCUCCAGGGCAUCAAGAAAGCAGUAUCAAAGAACUAAAUAUUGAUGAAACACUUCAUUCCAAAAAUCAUGACAAGAGCAAAGAUGAGGAUGUGUUGGUUAAAUUGUAUGAUUCAUCUGUUCCAAAACAAGACAAGGAAAAGACUGGGAAUAAAAAGAGGGUAUCACAACAAGAAACCAAACUGAAAAAUGUUUCACAGAAAUGUAACAAAGAAAAGAUGAAAAACAAUUCUGUUACUCAGUCCAAGAAAGAAUCAAAGAAAAUAAAGACUGUAGAUAUAAAACCAACAUUUAGUUUCCCUCUUGACGAAUUACUACCUGCUGUACCAACAAAGAAAAGAAAGGCCAGUGAAGAUGUCAAAACUACAGGUGAAACUACUGCUGUUGCAAGAAAAAGACAUACAUCUGAAACUAAAACUAAUGAGACUAAGCAAAAUGCAGUUACAGAGGAAGUCCUUUCUAAUCCAGUUGCACCACACCCAUUUAUUGAAAGUGAUAUCUUCCAUGGAACAGUUUAUGACAGCUCACCAAAGGAAGACCUUUCUGAAACAUUAUAUCACCAGCAUAGUAACUUUGAAGACCUUGACGAAACGCCAUUGCCGAGUGGUUCAGGCAAAGACACUUUUGAAAAUGAGUUUGACAGUGGUAUGUCUAGUCUCAUUCUGGCUUUACAGAAUGGUAAUCAGCAGGUUAUAUCAAUGUUUCAAGCUGCGUUACAUGACCAGAUUGGUUCAAAUUUAGAAGCUUUAGCAUUUAAAGCCAAACAAGGGCAGCAGUUUGCUCCUAAUUGUGUAAAUGAAGAGCAGACAUCAUUUGGAUUUUAUACAGAAAGAACAGAAUGUGCUCAUAAAGAUCCUGAUGAAACUGGUGACAAUUUAACAAAAGAUAAGUAUGACGAACUACUUAACUUGUUUGUUGCACAGUGUUCAGCACUUGUGAAAACUGACGAAGAUCGUAGCAAACUCAAAUCUUUAAUGAAAGUGCUUCAGAAAGAGGGGGAAAUGAAGUUGACAAGUACAGGAUUCACACCCCCAACUGAGAUUGAACCAAAUACCCAUCAUGAUGUACCAAAGUCACUGGAUCUCAGUUCAGUGUCUACUAGUCUAGACAGUUAUCAUGUUGGAAGUUCUUUGGUAGAUAAACAUGAAGGAGAACUGUUUGAAGGGAGGACAUUACUUAAAGGAGGUGUGGAACCGAGACACAUUCCAAAAACAACUGUACGUAAACCUGGACAGGAUCUCCCGAAAGAUCCAAGGUCUUGUUUAAUUGGUGAAAGAAGCAUCUCUCUGGUGAAAGUACCUUUGCCCCAAUUUGCAGUAGAACUCUAUGGAGAAAAGAAAGUAAAAAAGAUGAUCCACUUAGAUUGGGAUGCUCAGUUUAGUUUAAGCAGAAGUCAGUCUACUUUAGCAAAAGAAAAAAAUCCAAGAAUGAAAAAUAUUUCUCCUAUUGAUUCAGAUUUGAAAUUGAUCGUAGAUGCUACAAAGACACUAGUUGAAAGUUUACAAACCGCUACUAAAAAUGCGGCCAUUGAAAGUAAAACUGUUCAACAAAAUAAAGCAGAACAGGCAGAUCAGAUUCCAGUUCUGAUUGAUAAAAAAAUUACUUCUGAAAUUAGAAGAGGUAAAGGUACAGAAAAUGAUAAAAACAAAACUAUUCCAGUUCUAAUAACACCACAGAAAGAAAUGUUAACAACACAAGUUUUAGAUUCAUCUGAAGAUAGAAAUCCUGUUUUACGCUGUAUUAAUAAAAAGAGCAGUUUAACAAAUGAUUCAAGUAAACAAGAAAAGAAACCCUGUAUUGGCGUUGUUAAACCACUAGUUGAACAACAUAAACCAAAAGACACAAAACCUUCAGUUGGAAUUGUAAAACCAAUUCAGCUGCAAACAUCAUCUGUAAAGCUGGAGACAAAAUCAAAAUCAAAAAGGAAUACAACUACACCCUCUAUGACCUCAUUGAAUUUGGAACAAAAGUUUGAUAUAGAAGAUGGUGAAAUUCAAGUUGAUAAUGUAAUUGAAAAAUGUAAGGAUAAAACUUCAUUAUCUGGAGCAAAUCAGCAAAUAGUUACCAUAGAACUAGAUUCUGAUUCUGAAGAGGGGGAAAUAAGAAUGGAUGAAGAGAGACAAGUAAGUGAGAAAGGAAAGAUUGGAACAAAAUCUGAUUCAAGUUCCUUGACGAAAGGUCACAACAAUAGGAAAAAGGAAGUUAAUUAUAAAUCUGGUCAAAGCAACAAUAAAAUUGCAACUCAACAUUUGCUCGAAACGUUUAGUAAUACAAACAAGAUAAAUAUUAGUUUUUCUGAUGUAUCAAGCUGCGAAGAUGGCCAAAUAGACACUGAUUUGGACAAGUCUUUUAAAGAAGAAGUGGUGAAAAUAGAUAAGAGAGACAGAAGUAGAGAUAAGGAUAGAUCUUCAAGACAUUAUCGCAAGAGAGAUCGAUCAUCUUCAAGGUCUUCCAUAGAAAGCAGACUGUCACAUAGUUCUAGGAAUCAUUACAGGGAUGAAGAAAGAAAAUACUACUCACAUAAAUCAACAAGACGAGGUAGUAGUAGAGAAAAGUCGAGGAGAAGAGACAGAUCAAGAAGCAGGGAGAGAAGUUGGUUAAGAAGCCCUUCAGAAGAAAAGAGUUACUCCAAACAUAAACAUAGGCAUAGACACCAUACAAGUAAGGAUGAAAGAUCUGACAAAGAAUUUUCAGAUAGGUCAGAAACUUCAAAACGACAUCAUAGUGCAUGUGACGAAAAAAGAAAAAGGCACAAAACUGAAGAAGAUUACAUAGGGAUUAAGACUGAUAAAAAUAAAUAUGCAAGCGAAGUAUAUUUCAAAUCUGCAUCUAGUCAGAGGGUUACAAGUGUUUAUGGUGAAACUGAUGCAAAAAAAUCACCCAUACAAAAGUCGAACUUGCCUCAAACAAGUUCAGUUUCCUAUCUAAAUACUGGUGAUGAAGAUCUUCUGAGUGAUGCAGACAUUGCUAAAGAAUAUCAUGAAAAGUUUGGAAAAUCCAAAACAGCAAACACUAACACUGUAGAAACAGAUAGGUUAACAUUUAGUUACAACAGUGGCAACAGUUUGGCAGGAAAGAAAUACCCAUGUUUCACAGCAAGUAGGUCAAGGAGGAAAAGUUGGGAAGAUCAGCAAAGACAAGUUUUAGAAGAUAAAAAAUUCUUAGAAAAAUGCAAGCAAAAAAUUUUAGGUAAAUCUGCAACAGUUUCUAAACUAUCAGUACCUGAUCAGACUGCAAAAUACUGUUCUUCAAAACAAAAAGAAUCAACCAUCUGCAAACCGAGGUCAACUUCAUGUGUAUCAUCAUCGUACAAUGAAAUGCUUGAUUUAGAAGAUGGGGAAAUUCAGGCAAAAAAAUAUGUAUAGUGCAGUUGCUUAAAAAAUGGUGGGUAGGGUGGGAUUGACUUUAUUUCUAUUUUAGUCCGGACAAAUCAGUAAAACCAGACAUGGAUGCAAAAGCUGACAUUUAUAUUAUGUUUGAAUAUUAUAUCUGACUACAUAUUUCAUGAUAUCAAGGGACCAUUACGCUUAUACAUUUAUAAUUAUACAUACAUGUUUCAUCAAAAUAAUAGUUUUAAAAAAUUCAAAGGUUUUUCAAAUAUUCUAGGGUCAGGGGUAAUAGCUUUGUAGUGUCAGGUUGCUUGAAACAGCAUUUUUUGCUCGACUAUACAGAGUAUUUGGAGAGCUGUCCUACCCACCCUGGUGUUCGUGUCCACAUCUUGGUUCAAGUUUUGAUGGACUUUCAAUUUAUCUCUUUUAAUACUGAAUGGAUUUGCUUCAAUCUUAAAGUUGUAACUUGUUCAUCAUCAUCGCCCACACCAUAUGACACAAGGGUCAUAACUCUUUCACCAGUAUUGCAUGAUUUGUGCCCCCUUUUUGCUUAAAAUUUCUGGUUAAAUUUUUGAUGCAUUUUCACUUUAUCUCUGUUAUUACUAAAUGGAAUUGGUUCAGAUUUAAAUAGUUGUUUAACAUCAUCACCUCUGAUAAAUUUUUCGUGAGUUAUGGGCAUAGUAUAUCUUAAAUUGUUUGAAUUGAAUGUAAAUAUUAGUUAUGUGAUUUUAAUUGUUUUUAUAUCAAUCAUUAACAGUCCUUUGUCAUCUUAAGAAUUUUUUGUUAUGUUGCAUUAAAUUUGAUACCUGAAUGGUCAGAAUGUUAUUACUAAAUGGAUUUGAUUCAAACUAAAAAUAGAUGUUCCACCUUAUCACCCACAUCAUGUGACACAAGGUGCAUAAAUUAACACCAAUUUUUCAUGAAUAAUGCCCCCUUUUACUUAGAAUUUAAGGUUAAUUUUGAUGCAUUUUCACUAUAUCAUUCUUCCAUACCUCAUGUUUUUAUUUCGAUGUAAAUGAGAUUGUGGAACCAAAAUUUGUAGUCCUGUUUGGCGCCAUAUAACCUAUACUGUGUUGGUGCGCCGUAAAACCCAAAUAAAUAAAUAGAUAACUGAUUGGCUUAGAGCCAAAGGGAAGUAACCUUUUGUACGGAGUUACUUCCCCUUUAAUUCCAAGAAUUAGUCUAUUUUUAGAAAUUCUAUUUUUAGAUUUUGGGUACUUUUUAGCUCACCAGGUGAGCUAUUGUGACCGGUCAUUGUCCGGCAUCUGUCGUGCUUCGUCCGUCAACAUUUGCCUUGUGAACACUAGAGGCAUCAUUUGUGACCCAAUCUUUAUGAAACUUUGUCAGAAUGUUAGUGUUGAUGAUCUCUAGGUCAAGUUCUAAACUGGGUUAUGUUGGUCAAAAACUAGGUCAGUAGGCCAGAUCAAAGGAAAAGCUUGUGAACACUCUAAAGGCAACAGUUGUGACUCGGUCUUUAUGAAACUUUGUCAGAAUGUUUGUCUUGAUGAUCUCUAAGUUAAAUUCGAAACUGGCUCAUGUGGGGUCAGAAACUUAGUCACUAGGCCAGAUCAACUCUGUUGAGCGAUAUAGGGCCAUCAUGGCCCUCAUGUUUAUUAUUAGUCCUAUGUAAAAAGUAAAUACAUUUUUUCUGUGGUAACAUAUAGAAUAAUGAAUCCAUUUCUUAAAUUUUUUUUUGAGGCUAUACCCCAUUAAGACUGCAGCCUGCCCGCUUAGCUCAGUAGGUAAGAGCGUUGGUCUGCGGAUCGCGGGGUCGUGAGUUUGAUCCUCGGGCGGGACGUAUGUUCUCCGUGACCAUUUGAUAAACGACAUUGUGUCUGAAAUCAUUAGUCCCCCACCUCUGACUCAUGUGGGGAAGUUGGCAGUUACUUGCGGAGAACAGGUUUGUACUGGUACAGAAUCCAGGAACACUGGUUAGGUUAACUGCCCACCGUAACAUGACUGAUAAACGGUGUUAAACCUAAAACAAACAAACAAACCAUUAAGACUGCAAACAUUUGAAUGAUUUCCCCUUAAUUGUUACAAAUGUACCAGUGGGGGCACACCCUGUGUCCUACAGACACAUUCUGGUUGUAUUCAUUUUUAGUGUAUCUCUAUUAUUAGAGAUUUUUAUAUUUACCUCAUCCCUCAUCCUGGGCACAUAUACUAGUAUUACUUAUAUGCGCCGAGGAAGUCCAGGAUGAAGUACUCUAAAGACGAGUAAAAAAAAAAAAAAUAAUUUAAAAUAUAAUUUUGUUUUUACGUUUUAAAUUAUUCUAAGUAUUUUUAAAAUUUCUUAUGGUUGCCAUUCUUCUGUGACAAGACCGUAUUGUUGGGGUAUAAGUCACUCCUGUGACAGUUCUAGUUAAUACUGAGUGUAUAGAUUUAAUUCAAAUUGUAGUUCCUCAUCAUAUGACAAAAGGUCCAUUAUGUUCCCUUUUUAUGUAGAAUUUCAAUUUAAUUAUGUCUCCCCUAGGAGACAUUGUUUUUGCCCUGUCCGUCCGUCCAUCCGUACGUCACACUUCAUUUCCGAGCAAUAACUGGAGAACCAUUUGACCUAGAACCUUCAAACUUCAUAGGUUUGUAGGGCUGCUGGAGUAGACGACCCCUAUUGUUUUUGGGGUCACUCCGUCAAAGGUCAAUGUCACAGGGGCCUGAACAUUGAAAACCAUUUCCGAUCAAUAACUAGAGAACCACUUGACCCAGAAUGUUGAAACUUCAUAGGAUGAUUGGUCAUGAAGAGUAGAUGCCCCUAUUGAUUCUGGGGUCACUCCGUCAAAGGUCAAUGUCACAGGGGCCUGAACAUUGAAAACCAUUUCCAAUCAAUAACUAGAGAAGCACUUGACCCAGAAUGUUGAAACUUCAUAGGAUGAUUGGUCAUGAAGAGUAGAUGACCCCUAUUGAUUUUGGGUCACUCCGUCAAAGGUCAAGGUCACAGGGGCCUGAACAUUGAAAACCAUUUCCGAUCAAUAACUAGAGAACCACUUGACCCAGAAUGUUGAAACUUCAUAGGAUGAUUGAACAUGCAAAGUAGAUGACCCCUAACAAUUUUGGGGUCACUCCAUUAAAGGUCAAGGUCACAGGGGCCUGAACAUUGAAAACCACAUUUCUGGUCAGUAACUUGAGAACCACUUGACCCAGAAUGAUGAAACUUCAUAGGAUGAUUGAACAUGCAAAGUAGAUGACCCCUAACGAUUUUAGGGUCACUCUGUUAAAGGUCAAGGCCACAGGGGCCUGAACGUGGAAAACCAUUUCCAAUCAAUAUCUUGAGAACCUCUCGACCCAGAAUGUUGAAACUUCAUAGGAUGAUUGUUCAUGCAGAGUAAAUGACCCCUAUUGUUUUUGGGGUCACUCCGUUAAAGGUCAAGGUCACAGGGGCCUGAACAUUGCUAACCAGUUCCGAUCAAUAACUUGAGAACCACUUGACCCAGAAUGUUGAAACUUCAUAGGAUGAUUGAACGUGCAGAGUAGAUGACCCCUAUUGAUUUUGGGGUCAGUCUAUUAAAGGUCAAGGUCACAGUGGCCUGUUCAUGUAAAAUCAUUUUUUGGAAAUAACUUGAGAACCACUUAACCUACAAUGUUGAAACUUAAUAGGAUGAUUGGACAUGCAGAGUAGAUGACCCCUAUUUAUUUUGAGGUCACUUGAUCAAAGGUCAAGAUCACAGGAGCCUGAACAGUAACCUGAGAACCACUAGGCCAAGAGUGUUGAAAUUUAGCGGGAUGACUGGACAUGCCAAGUAGAUGAUCCCUGUUGCAGCCAACCAUCAGUGUCUCUUUGACUUUCGCUCCUGGCCCCUAUUGACUUCUUGCCUAUAGGACUUUGCAUUGGGGGAGACAUGUGCUUUUUUACAAAAGCAUUUUCUAGUUUUGAUCCUUUUUAAACCACACCUCUGUUCUUUAACUAAGUGGAUUCAAUGCAGAUUUAAAAUGGUUAUUACCAACAUUAUAUGACACAAGGUCACCAUAACUCUGGCACACAUCAAUAUUUUAUGAAUCAUGCCCUCUUAGAAUUAAUUGUUAAAGUUGUUAUGCACUUGCACUGUCUACAUGGAUUUGAUUCUAACGGAAAAUUGUUGUUACACUUUAUUAGGCUUAUGAUAUGACACAUGAUGCAUUACUUUUGAAGAAAUAUUCCAUGAAUUAUUUCUCUGUUUUGAUACACUUUCAUGCUUUUGUUAUUACGAAAAUACAUUUGACUCAGAAUUAAGCUAUUGUUCAGUUAAUAUUACUAUCUGUUUUGGAGUCAUUAAACACUCCAGUGAUAGCUCCAGCUUCCUCAGAUGUUCCCAAUUUCUCUAUCAAGCAUCAAAAUAGUCAAGCCCACGGUCUCCUGUGACAGCUGUUGUUUUAGACCCUAUGUGAAAGUAGAUUUGCAAAAACAAUUAUUCAAGUUCAGAGGAGUUUGAAUGAAUCUUCGUAAACAGUUACAGAAGCCCUUGUCUGUCUGUCCAAUUUACAUCGUGCAUAUCUCAAAAAGUAUAUGACUCAGAGUCAUCAAGUCAAUCAGCAUGGGAAGUUGUGUGCCUUGUGUAUUAAUUGGGAUCUCAAACAGACAGAGUUACGGCCCUUGACUUCGUAAAAAAUAUGUAUAAAAAGUGCCUAAGUUUGUGUCACGUGUAUCUCAGAAAGUGUUUAGAGUCAUCAAAUAUUACAAGAUUGUUAUAUAGUAUGUGAAGCACAAAAGCUGGUGUUCUGGUUGGGAUUUCACCCAGUCAGACCAGUGUUAUGGUACAUGACAUAGUGAAAAAUUUAGUCAUGAAACCAUCUAGGAAUGAAUCAUUAUUCCGCAUAUGAUUUUUUGUGCACCUGAGGAUUUUUUUAUUCAUUUUGCAAGACCAGUGUUAUGGUCCUUGAAAUAGUAAAAAAAAUAAUAGUUUGUGUCCCAUUUAUUAAGGAAUAUACUUGACUUAGAGACUUAAAACAUUAGAGAACUGUUUAGUCAGCAUGUGAAGUUGUGCACCAGGACUCCUGUUCUGUUUGGGAUUUCACUCGGCCAGACCAGAAUUAUGGUCCUUGACUUCCUAAAAUAUACACUUAAAGUACUUAAAUGUUUGUAUUGCAUAUUAACCCUUAGCCUGCUGGUGGCAGAUGAUUCUGCCUUUGCGACCAGUGCAGACCAACAUCAGCCUGCACAUCCGUGCAGUCUGAUCAUGGUCUGCACUGUUCGCUAUUCAGUCAGUAAAUUUUCAGUGAAAACCCCUUUGAGUAAUAAGUGGUACUGUCCAAAUUGAAAGAUGGACCAGUCCAUUAUAGAAAUAUAGCAGGGUAAGGGUUAAUUAUCUUAAAAAAAUUGUUCACCUAGAGUCAUGAAAGAAUUGGAACCUCUGCCUUACCCUUGCAUGAUUGUAAGAGGUGACUAAUAGGGUCUUAACACUUGGUUUUGCGGUAACUCUGUGAUUUUUCUAGCAGGUAUGCAAAUUUUGAUUCCGUACCUCAUGUUUUUAUUUCGAUGUAAAUGAGAUGUUGAACCAAAAUUUGUAGUCCUGUUUGGCGCCAUAUAACCUAUACUGUGUUGGUGCACGGUAAAACCCAAAUAAACAAAUAAACAAUAAACAGCGUCAUGAAACCAUGUACAGUGUCGAGAAUUAUGUACAACAUCAUGUUCUAUUUUUUAUUAGCUUGACUAUACGAAGUAUAAGGAGAGCUAUCCUACUCGACUCGGCGUCACCUUGGUUUAAGUUUUUUUUUACACUUUCUCUUUUUUCAUCAUAUCUCUGUAAUUACUUGAUGAAUUUGAUUCAGACUUGAAAUAGUUAUUCCUCAACAUCACCCACAUCAUCUGAUAUAAGGGCCAUAACUCUUGCACCAAUAUUUCAUGAUUUAUUCCCCCUUUCACUUAGAUUUUCAGGUUAAAGCUUUGAUGCACUUUCACUCUAUCUCUGUUAUUACUGAAUGGAUUUGAUUCAAACUUAAAAUUAUUCUUCAACAUCAUCACCCACAUCAUAUGACACAAGGUGCAUAACUCUGGCACAAAUUUUUCAUGAAUUAUUCUCCCUUUUUACUUAGAAUUUCAGGUUAAAGUUUUGAUGCACUUUCUCUCUAUCUCUGUUAUUACUGAAUGAAUUUGAUUCAAACUUAAAAUAAUUGUUCAACAUUGUCACUCACAUCAUAUGACACAAGAUGCCUAACUCUAGCACCAAUGUUUCAUGAAAUAUGCCCUCUUUUACUAUAAUUUAAGGUUAAUUUUGAUGCAUUUUCACUAUAUAUUACGAAAUGCAUUUGAUUCCAACUUGAAGUAGUUGUUCCACAUCAUCACCCUCAUCAUAUGACUCAAGGUGCAUUAACUCCUGCACCAAUAUUUUAUGCAUUAUGCCCCUUUUUAUGCCCCCGGCAUCUAGUGAUGCGGGAGGCAUAUAGUGAUUGUCCUGUCCGGCUGUUCAUUUGUCCGUCUGUCCGUACGAGGUUAACCAAAUGGGACCGUUUCGUCUAGCAUCAAUAUCCCUUACUAGAAUGACUUUAUACUAAUGCAGAUGUAACCUGUGACCAUUUCUUAUCUUCAGACAUCACCUGACCUCAGUUUGACCUUGAACUUGACCUCGUUUUGGACUUAGGUUGCUUUGAAGGGACAAGGAAUUGCCACCGGGGGCAUCAAGUGUUUAUUGAACGCAGCUUCUUCUUUGCUUAGAAUUAUAGUUAUAUAGUGUUUUGAUACACUUUAUAUUUACCUCUCUUGUUACUUAAUAUUUUUGACACAGACUCCAGCUUUUGUGCAAUAUCUUCAUCCACCAUUGCAGGGAUCAUCCUACAGGGGGAUUUGAGCGAUAUCGUCGGUUAAAGUCGGCCACUUCGCCAAAUUAUCACCUCUGGGUAAAAUCCGAAUCGCUGAUUUUUUCAGUGUUGUAAUCUAUUUACUUAAAGUUGUAAAACUUGAUGCACACACAUUGUAAUACACAAGAUUAAAUUACAGAUAAAUCCAUGGUCAACCCUGCCUGCCUAAUCGCCCGUCAGUCUUCAAUCAAUGGUAGCGUUAAUAUCCCACUAUAGUUUAUCAAUAAUAUUGUAAGCCGCCGCCAUUUUGAAAAUUUUCCUUCGGCGUAAAAACAGUCUGUAAACUUAACAAGUGCAGACUUAAACUUUCUUCAGCAUGAUCUUACGCAUCAACUGUAUAUUAUUUCUUGAUUUAAUUAUAAAUUGCUUCAAAAUUUAUUUCAAAUAUGGCCAAUUUCUGUAAAUGAAUUGGCCGUGCGCUGUGGAUAAAAAACGAUUCUGCAGACGUCUGAACUGCCGUACAAAAUAUUGUAAAAAAAAUUGCCAAUAUCUACAAGUUUGGUAUUAUUUUCCAAAAGGGUUAAUAAAUCAAUUAAAUGUAUUAAUCUGAACAAAUUGAUGCAAGAAUCGGGCAUUAUUAAAGCACAAGAAUCGAAAUAUGUAUAUAUAUGUAAAUUUUCACGGCGUUUCGAUCGUGCACCUGAUAAAUUUACAAGUUUCGGACCUGUAAAUUUCGGAUAAAAUUAGGCAACUUUUUUCCAUAGCUCAGUUUGUACUUUAUUUAGAAAUUCAUAAUAAUAAUUAUGCAAUAUUCAAUUUCCAUAAAUUAGUACUGUUUAUAAUUUAUAGCAAGACGCAUCGAAAGUAGAUAUAUAGAUGUGAAACUACCGUAGAUACCCAUGUAUAAUGCGCAGUUUUUUUACCCCCGGGACCACCCCCGAAUCGUGGGUGUGCAUAAUACGCAGGUAUAGACAAUUUUCCAACUUCAAAACAAGUUUGUUACCGAUGUUCGCCAUUUUGGUAAAGGGAAACUACUCCCCGCGCUUACUGUCUCCGCUAAAAUCUAAGAUUGCCGUUACGUUCCGUAAAAGAUCGAAUUGUUUAUUUUUCUUUCAAACAAAAUUAAUUUCAUAUAAAUUUAAAAGUAUUUUGACGAAAGAAAUGUUUACAAAUCACAAAAAUUAUGAUACUAAUUAAAGAUCGAGAAUUAUCUUUAACCGUGAUCAAACUGUGAACAACAUAAUUGACACGAGGUGACACGUUAAUUGCCGGUAAUUACUGGCUUUAUGAUCGUGACAAAAAGACUAUCACACCUUUUGUUAUCAGUUUGAAUUGAGAAGCUCAUGUCAUUUUGAAAGAUACCAUUCCGAAAUAUUGAAUCAGCUGCUAUUUAUUUAUUCAAAAUAGUGAAUUAAAAAAGGUAAAACAAUAAAUAUAACAAUAAUUAACUGGUUUUAUUUUCAAGAAAACAAAAAUCGAUAGUACCGUGAGACCGAUGGUGCUCUCCGCCGCGGAGAUAAAAUUUAUUGCCGGUGUCGAUGUAAACUCUACUUUCGUUUUCCAUCCACCUCAAAAUUGACCAAAAAAUUUUAUUUAUUUUUUUUUCCCAGGAUUUUUGACUAAGAUCGGGGGUGCGCAUUAUACAUGGGUGCACAUUAUACAUGGGUAUCUACGGUAAAUGCUAUGCCGAAUCUUCUUAAAUUUCUUGCUCCCUUAUUCUGCGGAUUAAACUCUCCAGUGACAACUCCAGUUUCCUCAGAUGUGCCCAGUUUCACUAUCCAGCAUCGAAAUAGUCGAGUGCGCGGUCUUCUGUGACACUCACUCAGCUCUUGUUUUAAAUGUUUUAAAGUUUCUGCAUCAGUAUUAUGUGGAAAAGGAAACUGCUGGUUAUAUUUAAAUACCUCAUAAGAUAUUGGCAGUCAGUCAGUUCCUGUAUUUGGAGAGGUGUAUUCUACUUCAAGAUAUUUAUCCAUAUUUUGAAUACUUUCAUGAUUGUAUAUAUAAUGUAUGGACAUUUUUACAAGAAAUUAGUGGUUUUUAUGCCCCCCGAAGGGAGGCAUAUAGUUUUUGAACCGUCUGUCAGUCUGUCCGCAAUUUUCGUGUCCGGUCCAUAUCUUUGUCAUCGAUGGAUGGAUUUUCAAAUAACUUGGCAUGAAUGUGUACCACAGUAAGACGACGGGUUGAGCGCAAGACCCAGGUCCGUAGCUCAAAGGUCAAGGUCACACUUAGACGUUAAAGGUCAUUUUUCAUGAUAGUUGGGCGUGUCCGGUCCAUAUCUUUGUCAUCCAUGGAUGGAUUUUCAAAUAACUUGGCAUGAAUGUGUAUCACAGUAAGACGACGUGUUUGCAAGACCCAGGUCCGUAGCUCAAAGGUCAAGGUCACACUUAGACGUUAAAGGUCAUUUUUCAUGAUAGUUGGGUGUGUCCGGUCCAUAUCUUUGUCAUUCAUGCAUGGAUUUUAAAAUUAUUGGGCAUGAAUGUGUACCACAGUAAGACGACGUGUCGCAUGCAAGACCCAGGUCUGUAGCUCAAAGGUCAAGGUCACACUUAGACGUUAAAGGUCAUAUUUCAUGAUAGUGCAUUGAUGGGCGUGUCCGUUCCAUACCUUUGUCAUUCAUGCAUGGAUUUUAAAAUAACUACGCAUGAAUGUGUGGCACAGUAAGACGACGUGUCACGCGCAAGACCCAGGUCCGUAGGUCAAAGGUCCUAAACUCUAACAUCGGCCAUAACUAUUCAUUCAAAGUGCCAUCGGGGGCAUGUGUCAUCCUAUGGAGACAGCUCUUGUUUUCUUUUUAUAAGAAAAUAAUUGUCUCUUGUGUUUUGUUAUAAGUGCUUUAGGAGAAAGGAAAGGUGCCACAUUUCAAAAAAAAAAUCAUUUUGAACUUUUUCACAUAUCACUUCUUUAGAAAGGAUUAUUAAGGGUUCUUUUGAAAAUAACUUUCUUCCCUUGAUGGUUUUGUUCAAUAGUGAGUUUUAUGUCCAUACAAAUUUGGGAUGGGGCCUCCGUGGCCGUGUGGUUUAAAGGUCGCUGGCCCCUCAUAGAUGUGGGUUUGAGCCUCACUCGGGGCGUUGAAUAAUGAAUUCUUCAUGUGAGGAAGCCAACUAGCUGGCUUACGGAAGGUCGAUGGCUCUACCUAGGUGCCUGUCGUGACGAAAUAAUGCACAAAGGGGCACCUGGGGUCUUCCUCCACCAUCAAAGCUGGAAAGUCACUUUACGACCUUUAAUUGUGUCGAUGCAACGUUAAGCCCAAUAAAAACAAAGAAUUGGGGGAGGGAGGGGGGAGUGGAUUUGAUUUUCAGCAUUUAAAUGCAUCCACGUUAUGUUGCCAUCUUUUUCCUGCAUGAAUCUUUGAGACAGGAUUGAACCAGGAUGGUAUUUAUCCUAGGAUGAUGAGCUGUUUAUUUGAGUUUAUUGUUAUUUAUUCUUGAUUGCACUGAAAGCUUUCAAUUUAUUUGAAUCACUUGCAAACUUGUUUGAUUUAUGGCAAAAAGCAGACUUGUAGACUAAAGAGAUGUAGUCUUGAUCUCAUUGCGGCUCAGACCUGCCACCUCUUUGUUGAAUAACAUAUUAAUAGACCACUGCUACCUCUAUACACUCUUUAAGAUGUAAUGCACUGUUAAGGAUAUUUGAUUUAAUUAAUCUUUAGCCUGCUGGCACCAAGUGAUUGCCUUUGCGACGAGUGUAGACCAAGAUCAGCCUGCACCUCCGUGCAGGCUCAGAUCAUGGUCUGCACUGUUCGCUAUUCAGUCAGUAAAUUGUCAGUGAACACCCAUCGAAUAAUAAAUGGUAUUGCCCAUAUUGAGUGAUAGACCAGUCCAUUUUAGAAAUUUAGUAGGCUAAAGGUUAAUGAUUGUACAAAUUGAACAAGUGGCAUGCUGUUUUGAUGUUUCAGUUACUAAGAGAUGCAUAAUUAUUUAGUGAUUUUUACUUCAGGAAAAGUUCUAAAAUUGUUUGAAAUUUCUGUUGUUGAAAAGCACCAAGUACUUUAUUCAAGUGUUGUACUUUCAGUAAGAAAUAUAAAAGUUCAUGUUAUCAGGCAGCCAAAGGGAAUUAAUAUUGUUAAAACAAAUUUCUGUAUUGCGAUUUUGGAUUAUUAUUUACCUUUAGUUACAUGUCUUUUAACUCUUGAAAAGUGUUGGUUUUGUUUUAUCAAGUGAUCAUACAUAAUAGUAUUGCUGUAUUAUUUGUUUGAGUCAUAAUAUCUUUUGUUACCUUUUAUUGUCAAAAUAUGCUUUUUAGCUCAUCUGAUUUUUUGGGGGGGGAAAUGAGGAGUUAUUGUCAUCACUUGAUCAAUUGCCUGGUUAAGUUUUAUGUUUAGGUCAGCUUUUCUCCUAAACUAUCAAAGCUAUUGCUUUGAACAUUGCAACACAUGUUCAACAUCAAAAGCUGACUCUGUACAGCAAGAAACAUAACUCCAUCCUGCUUUUUUGCAAGAAUUAUGGCCCCUGUUGGACUUAGAAAAUAUCAGAUUACUUGGUUAAGUUUUAUGUUUUACUUAAAUUCUUCUAAACUAUCAAAGCAAUUGCUUUAAAACUUGUUCACCAUCAAAAGCUGACUCUGUGCAGCAAGAAACAAACUCCAUCCUGCUUUUUACAAGAAUUAUGGCUCCUUUUGCACUUAGAAAAUGUCAGAUUUCUUGGUUAAGUUAUGCAAAUUUUGAUUCCAUACCUCAUGUUUUUAUUUCGAUGUAAAUGAGAUGUGGAACCAAAAUUUGUAGUCCUUUUUGGCGCCAAUCUAUACUGUGUUGGUGCGCCGUAACACCCAAAUAAAUAAAUAAAUUUGCAUUUAGGUCCACUUUUCUCCUCUAUGGUCACAAAGCUAUUGCUUUAAAACUUGGAGCAGGUAUUCGCCGUUAAAACUUACUCAGCACAGCAAGUAACAUAACUCCAUCCUGCAUUUUGCAAGAAUUAUGGCCCCUUUUGGACUUCGAAAAUCACGGGUAGGACAAUAUUUCUAUUAUACAGAGACAAAAACAUCAGAUGAGCGUCUGCACCCGCAAGGUGCUGCUCUUGUUUGUAUUGACGAUGACUUGCUUAUUAUGGAAUGUCACCAUGUGCAUUUUGUAUCCUAUCAUAGACUUCUUGUAUGUACAUGUAGUAAUAGCCUUAGGAGACCCUGUUUCUGUCUUGUCUGUCAUGUCACAAAGAUUUUUUUCAUGUUUCCUUGAAAAUGCAUUGUUAAACUUGUACUGAACUUGGAAGAAAAGAAUCACAAGAUAUCUGAUGGGGUAUGCUGCACACAGUAAAUGCUUGUUAAAUUAGUACGGAGAUAUUUGUUUCCUUUCUAAAUUGCUGUUCGUUUAAAUGUAUUAGACAGGACUUCCUCAAUAUGCCUAAAAUAUGGGCUAGUGUAAAACUAAGUAUUAGUUUGUUAAUUAUAUGAAUUUGCUUCCAAUAUUAGCAAGUGAAAAAAAAGAUUUUUUUUUUUUCUAGUUUUAGGCAAAAUGAAUAAAUGAAAGAACUAAAGGGUAGCCACAUAGCCCAGUAGCAACAUUAGUGUCACACACAUCCCAGUAAGUGUUUGACCUAAAGUCAUCAAACAGGAUCGUUAUUCAGCAUGUGAUGUUGUGCGUCUGGGGUCUUGCAGAGUUUUGGCCCUUGACUUAGUCAAAAGUAUUCAUAAAGGACCUAAAUAUUUAUGUAGCAUAUUUGUGCACACCGGGUUUUGUUUGAGAUUUUGCUCUGUAAGAUGAGAUGUAUGGCCUUUGACAGUCAAAAAAUGUGCAUAUAGGGACCUAAAUGUUUGUGUUUCACAUAUCUCAAAACGUAUUUAGAGUCGUGAAACUACUUAGGAAUGUUAUUUUAUUGAAGCGCUAUUCAGCAUGCGAGGUUGUUUGGGAUUUCACUCUGUAAGACAAAGAGUAAUGGCCCUUGACAUAGUCAAAAGUAUGCAUAAAGAGGCCUAAAAGUUUGUGUUGCACAUAUAUCUCAAGAAGUGUUUGACCUAGUGUAAUGAAACCAUAAGUGAAUAUUAUUCAGCAUGUGAAGUUGUGUACCUUGGCUUUUGUUAGCAAGAUCAGGGUUAUGGCCUUUGGAGACAUGUCUUGUUUGUGAAAAACAAACUCUAGCUAUAUUUAUUUUUGUUUCUUUUUUAUAUUUUAUUCUUUUAUGUUAUGUAAAUACAUAUAUUUUUUGUUUUAGUGAACAAUUUUGUAGCUCAACUGAGCAUAGAGUGCUCAAGGUGAGCUAUUAUGACCAGUCAUUGUCCGUCGUUAACACUCUAGAGGCCACAGUUGUGACCCAAUCUUUAUGAAACUUUGUCAAAAUAUUUGUCUUGAUGAUCUCUAGGUCAAGUUCGAAACUGGGCCAUGUAGGGUCAAAAACUAGGUCAGUAGGCCAGAUCAAAGGAAAAUCUUGUUUACACUCCUAGAGGCCGCAGUUUAAGUUUGAAACUCGUGAGAAUUGGUCAAAAUAUUUGUCUUGAUGACUUAUAGGUCAGGUUCGAAUAUGGGUCAUGUGGGGUAAAAAACUAGGUCACCUGGUCAAAUCAAAGGAAAAGCUUGUUAACACUCUAGAAGCCACAUUUAUGACCCUAUCUUCAUGAAACUUAGAAUGUUUAUCUUGAUCAUCUUUAGGAAAAGUUCAAAACUUGGUCAUGUGGGGUCAAAAACUAGGUUCAUGAAAAUUCUAGGGGCUGCAUUUUUAAUUGGAUCUUCAUGAAAUUUUAUAGAAUGUUUAUUUUGAUGAAAUCUAGGUCAAGUUCGAAUAUAGGUCAUCUGUGGUCAAAAACUAGGUCACCUGCUCAAAUCAAAGAAAAACUUGUGUGUGUGCAAUUAGGGCUACAUUUUUCACUGGAUAUUCAUGAAAUUUAAUCAGAAUGAUCUUCUUAAUGAAAUCUAGGUCAAGUUCGAAUAUGGAUCAUCUGGGGUCAAAAACUAGGUCACCCGGUCAAAACAAAGGAAAAGCUUGUGUAUGCAAUAGGGGCUGCAUUUUUCACUGGAAAUUUGUGGAAUUUGAUCAGAUUGAUUGUCUUGAUCAGUUCUAGGUAAGGUUUGAAAUAGAUCAUCUGGGGUCAAAAACUAGAUCAGUCAAAGAAAAACCACAUGUAUGCAAUAGGGGCUGCAUUUUACACCAGUUAUUCAUGAAAUUUGAUGAGAUUGUUUGUCUUGUUGAAGGUACUCAGCAUAGAUAUUUGGACUACAUGUAUAACUUCGAUACAGAUUUCAGUACUCAUCUUUAGUAUUUUAACCCUGACCUACUUUCUUGAUUUUGAAGUUACAGCAAAGUAAUUUGGACCAUGUGUAUAAUUUUUGAUACAAAUUACAAAACUCAUCUUGAAUAGUCUUACUUAUCCCCUACUGACCUACUUUCUUGUUUUUGAAGUUACAACAUAGAAAUUUGGACCACAUGUAUAAUUUUUGAUACGGAUUUCAAUACUCCUCUUUAAUUUUUGACCUACUUUCUUGUUUUUGAAGCUACAGCAAAAAGAUUUGGACCACCUGUAUAAUUUUUCAUACAGAUUUCAGUAGUUAUCUUGAAUUAUCUUUACCAUGACCUACUAAACUACCCAUGUGAGCGAUGUAGGGCCAUCAUUGCCCUCUUGUUUUCAAAUUUGUUGGAGUGAUGUGUUAUUUCAUUUGUUGUUUAAAAAAGAAAUCAAUGAAGAAUCCUUUUGACACUGGGGUAAAUAAAAAAAUCACAUAAUUACGUAUUUCUUCUAAGAAAAUAAUUAUGGUCAGUCCAUUAGCAAAAUAAUUAUUUUGUUUCUAACCAGAAUAAUAAAAUUAUUUUGUUUUCAAAAUCCAUUUGAUGAUUGUCUGUGGUCAGCAGUUGGUCUAUAUUGCUUUUCAGUUUACAACUAUCAUACUUUGUAAGAUUGCCUUUAGUCUGUAGAUGACCCCUUAUUUUGGGGUCAUAAGGUCAAUGUCACAGCAUACUGUUUAAUAUGUACUUGUUACCUUCAUACCAACUUGUGUAUGAAAAGAACUGGAACCACUGUCUUACCCUUGCAUGAUCAUAAGAGAUGACUUGCAGUGUCUGAAUGCUUGGUUUUGCUGUAUCUCUGGGAUUACAACUGGAAUAAACGUUUGGACUCCUUACCUUGUAUCUUCAUUUCACUGUAAAUUAGACAAAAUACCAAAAUUUUAAUCCUGUUUGGUGUCAUAAACCCUGUACUGUGUUGGUAUUCUGUAAAACCCAGAUAAAAACAUUAACUCAUGUGGUAUGCAUUCUAAAAAUAACUUGUUUUACAGUGCAUAAUUCCUACAAUUUAUUCUAGCAUAGAUUUUUGUAAAAAAUUCAAUAUAAUUUACAUAUAUUUCUAAUUUAUUAUACAAACUCGCUGAUAGAUGCUUUUUGUGAUCAAACAGGCUAAAAUCGAGACAGUUAACAUGACUAUAAGAAAAAUUAAAUGGUUUUCAGAUCUGAACUUUUGCUCUCGUUUUAGACUAGUUAAAAAAGUUGUUUGUUAAUUAGUGUUGACACAUACUGUGUUGUUUGCUUAAGCAAAGCAAAUAUUAUUACAUUGCUUGUGUUUGCCUGUGUUCUGAUUACAAAAUGUGAAACCUUUUAAGACUGAAUGCAUAUACCGUAUUUAUUAUAGUGUGUUUUCUAGAAAUAAUGUUGUAAAAAUACAUAGAACUUGGACAUUCCAACGUAAUGUACAGGAAAACACUGCUCACUCUAUUAUCGAUGACUCAACACUGGGGAUGACUUGAGGAAUUCAGGUGGUUCUCGGGCUGUUUUUUAGGAAAGAAAAUAAUAAAGACUUAGUACCUUGUUUAGGUAAGAAUGAUAAGAGAAAUGUGUGGUAGUAUUCAGCAUAGUUUACUAAGCCUGUUCCAGUCUGCAUUAGAGCUUUAUUUGAAAGGAAAAAUUUGGUUUUUUUAAACAAAAAGCCAAGAUGCACAUUUUUAUACGCCCGUUUGAAAAACGGGACGUAUUAUGGGAACGCCCCUGGCGGGCGGGCGGCGUCCACAGACCUUGUCCGGAGCAUAUCUUCUACAUGCAUGAAGGGAUUUUGAUGAAACUUGGCACAGUUGUUCACCAUCAUGAGACGGAGUGUCAUGUGCAAGAACCAGGUCCCUAGGUCUAAGGUCAAGGUCACACUUAGAGGUCAAAGGUCAAAUUCAAGAAUGACUUUGUCCGGAGCAUAUCUUCUUCAUGCAUAGAGGGAUUUUGAUGAAAGUUGGCACAAUUGUUCAUCAUCAUGAGAAGAAGUGUCAUGCGCAAGAACCAGGUCCCUAGGUCUAAGGUCAAGGUCACACUUAGAGGUCAAAGGAUACAAGAAUGAAAACUUUGUCCGGAGCAUUUCUUCUUCAUGCAUAGAGGGAUUUUGAUAUAACUUGGCACAAAUGUUCACCACCAUGAGGCGGAGUGUCAUGCGCAAGAACCAGGUCUCUAGGUCUAAGGUCAAGGUCACACUUAGAGGUCAAAGGAUACAAGAAUGAAAACCUUGUCCGGAGCAUGUCUUCUUCAUGCAUAGAGGGAUUUUGAUAUAACUUGGCACAAAUGUUCACCACCACGAGACGUAGUGCGCAAGAACCAGGUCCCUAGGUCUAAGGUCAAGGUCACACUUAGAGGCCAAAGGUCAGAUACAAGAAUGACUUUGUCCGAAGCAUUUCUUCUUCAUGCAUGGAGGGAUUUUGAUGUAACUUGACACAAUUAUACACCAUCAUGAGACGAAGUGUCAUGCGCAGUUCCCUUCUUUCGAAUUACUUCCCUUUGUUGUUACUAUAAAUAGCUUAUAUUGUAACUUUUUCAUUACUAGUCAUAGGGAAAAAUCGAGACCACUUUUCUGUAGUACAAUAUGCAUGCUACAUCCAAUUUUGAAGUGUAUUUUGACCAGUCUCUACCUGGUAAAGAUUUUUGUGAGGACUUACUUAGUCGUUACUAUAAAUAAAUUAUAUUGUAACUUUUUUAUAAUUGACCGUAGGGAAAAACCAAGACCACUUUUCUGUGGUACAACAUAGAUGUUACUUUCCAAUUUUAGGUGUAUUUUAAGGUAUAUCUACCUGGUAAGGAGUUUUUUUGUGGACUUAGAAAAACAAAACACUUAGUUAUUACUAAACAACCACAAAGUUAAAAUUCCAUUUGCAAAUACAGGUGCUAGAGUAAAGAAAUUUGCUGUGACGGGCGUAUAUUGUGACAUUCUUGCACUCUUGUUUUUUUUAAUUCCUUUUAGUUACAUUUUAAAUCUGAAUAUAAAACUGGCAUAUAGGGUUGCCAGUACGAGUUGUGAAAGUGUUUUCUGUUUUUAGCUCUGUCAUUUAAUGUUGGAGGAUGAUUAAGAUGGACCUUUUCUGUUAAGGUUAGGUUAAAGUAGAAUAUAGUGUUUCAGUAAAAAGUAUGUGUUUUUUUUAUAAUUGAAAUAAUUAGAAAUGUGUCCAUUACUGCAUUCCUUAUUCCGAUUUAUUCUUCUCAUUUUUCAAUUGUAUUUCAAGAUUGUUUUACUAUUUAGGUAGAAUCUUAUAGUUUCAGACAGGGAAUUAAUCCCCUAUUUCUUGAAACUAUGAAGUCUCCAAAACACUGUUUCCAUCAAAGAUAAAUAUUUUAACUUGAUUUUCAUGUGUAUCAAACUUUAUCAAUAAGAGUGCAGUUUUGUUUCAAAAUUAAUGAAUCCAAGCACAACUUUGAACAGGAAAUAAUAAGAAUAUAAUAUUGUAUGGAACCUAAUCAGUUAAGAGUGUAACAGUGUAUUAUACCAAAGGAGUAAUUGUGAAUAAUUUGCAUGAAUGUUAAUUCUAAAUCAAACUUUGCCCCAUGUGGUUCUGGGACGAUCUGUGUAUGAAAAGAAUUGGAACCACUGCCUUACCCUUGCAUGAUCGUAAGAGGCAACUAAUAUGGUCUUAACACUUGGUUUUGCAGUAACUCUGUGAUUCCAGCAGGUAUGCAAAGUUUGAUUCCAUACCUCCUGUUUUUAUUUCGAUGUAAAUGAGAUGUGGAACCAAAAUUUGUAGUCCUGUUUGGCGCCAUAUAACCUAUACUGUGUUGUUGCGCCAUAAAACCCAAAUAAAUAAAUUGAUUUUGAAUGUUUACAAUGUUUAAAGGGAAAGGCGAAACAAAAGGUUAAACUAAGGGAUAAUCAGCAGUUUUUGCCAUCUCUAGACACAAAACUGUACUCUUCGAAAUAAUCUAAGAACAGUAAAGAGAACAGUGGCAUAGAAAUAGUCAUUAAUAGUAGAUAAUUAUUGUAAUUCAAACCCAAUAGUAGCAGUAUCUAAUAUGACCAGGUGCAGAUGUGCUGAAUAUUUAUAGAUUUUAUAUCAAGAUAUGUGCUGUUCUGCUGUGGAGAUGAGCAUAUUCCGGAGCACAGGACAAGUGCAGGUUUCUUCAUGCAAAGCUUAUAAUCCAUUCUUUAUGACGAGUUUGCAUACUGUAUACAUUUGGACUUUGCCUAUGUCACUUCACAUAAGCAAGAAUAGAAUUUUAAAAUGUAACAAUUUUCAAAAGAGGUCCAUGAGUUAUACUCCUUGAAACAAUUCUCUACAAUUUUAUGUUAUAGAGACUAUUCUUUUUCUACUUGUUAUUAGUUUGUCAUGCUAAAUGGAUGAUAAUGUCUAUAUGUGCUGUCAUUUUGUUUUUGCGAAAUAUAAAAAUGGCCUUUAUCUUCGAAACCUGUUUUUUUGCUUGUUUGUUUUAUUUCAUAGAAAAGUUACAAAUAAAACUCAAAAUCA